CAGUUGCCUUGGAGACGGGCUGCAGCUGUGGAAAGGACUCACGGUUUCCACCCACCGCAUAACUCCCAGCGUCAGGCAGAUGGUUUACACAACACGAACGGCCUGGCUUCAUCCUCUUCGCUUCUUUAAUCCGGUUCAGUGAAAAGGUUGCACACUGGGGCUUCAGGAAAGAAGAGCUUUUGCUGAAGAAACUAACAAAGAUGGCGAGAGUGACCGACUGCAAUUGGGAUAAGAAAAGUACUUUGGCUUCAAAUUCAGACACAGAAACGAAACCUGAACCACCGCCUCCCUGUGUGAACCCUGGGAACCCUGUGUUUUCCUGUAUGUUGGACCCCAAGACACUCUGCACAGCCACCUCACUAUCAGAACCACAGAUGAUUAUGUACAAAACCAGUUCAGGUUAUUACGGAGCCUUUAGGCCUGCACCCCACUUCUUUCCCUGUAACUACACUCCAAAGGAGCAGGUGUUUUCUAGUUACAUCAGAGCAACUGGGUUUUACCAAAACAGCAGUCUAAAUACAGCACCUGACAGGACCAGAACUGUUGAUUUUCCUAAUUUCCAGCACACUCUGUGAAAACGCAUCCUUCUGACAAUUCAAUCUUAAUCUAAGACUAGAAUUCCUCCUUUAGAACAUGGAAAAAUUUAAAUAAAUUUUUUAAAAGAUGUGAAUACAUAUUUUUUAAAU